GCGAGCGCGGCCCGCCGGGCGCCGCCGACCCGGCCCAGCGGACUGACGGACGCGCACGGACGCGGCCCCUCCCUGCCGCCGCCCGCCCGGGGCGCCCACCUCGCCGGCGCCGGGCCCGGGAGCGAUGACAUCGACGGGGAAGGACGGCGGCGGGGCGCAGCACGCGCAGUAUGUGGGGCCCUACCGGCUGGAGAAGACGCUGGGCAAGGGGCAGACAGGCCUCGUGAAGCUGGGGAUUCACUGUGUCACGUGCCAGAAGGUGGCUGUCAAGAUCGUCAACCGCGAGAAGCUCAGCGAGUCUGUACUGAUGAAGGUGGAGCGGGAGAUCGCCAUCCUGAAGCUGAUCGAGCACCCCCACGUCCUCAAGCUGCAUGACGUCUAUGAAAACAAAAAAUAUUUAUACCUGGUGCUAGAACACGUGUCUGGUGGGGAGCUCUUCGACUACCUUGUCAAGAAGGGGAGGCUGACCCCCAAAGAGGCUAGAAAGUUCUUCCGGCAGAUCAUCUCUGCGCUAGACUUCUGCCACAGUCACUCCAUAUGCCACCGGGAUCUGAAACCAGAAAACCUUCUGCUGGACGAGAAGAAUAACAUCAGGGUCGCAGACUUCGGCAUGGCGUCGCUGCAGGUUGGCGACAGCCUGCUGGAGACUAGCUGCGGGUCCCCCCACUAUGCCUGCCCGGAGGUCAUCCGGGGAGAGAAGUACGAUGGCCGCAAGGCAGACGUGUGGAGCUGCGGCGUGAUUCUGUUCGCCCUGCUUGUGGGGGCGCUGCCCUUCGACGACGACAACCUGCGGCAGCUGCUGGAGAAGGUGAAGCGGGGCGUGUUCCACAUGCCGCACUUCAUCCCGCCCGACUGCCAGAGCCUGCUGCGCGGCAUGAUCGAGGUGGACGCCACGCGGCGCCUCACGCUAGAGCACAUUCAGAAACACAUUUGGUAUAUAGGAGGCAAGAACGAGCCCGAGCCGGAGCAGCCCGUCCCCCGCAAGGUGCAGCUCCGCUCGCUGCCCAGCCUGGAGGACAUCGACCCCGACGUGCUGGACAGCAUGCACUCGCUGGGCUGCUUCCGGGACCGCAACAAGCUGCUGCAGGACCUGCUGUCCGAGGAGGAAAACCAGGAGAAGAUGAUUUAUUUCCUCCUCCUGGACCGGAAAGAAAGGUAUCCGAGCCACGAGGACGAGGACCUGCCGCCUAGGAACGAGAUAGACCCUCCCCGGAAGCGCGUGGAUUCCCCGAUGCUGAACCGGCACGGCAAGCGGCGGCCUGAGCGCAAGUCCAUGGAGGUGCUGAGCGCGACGGACGGCGGCUCCCCGGUGCCUGCGCGGCGGGCCGUCGAGGUGGCCCAGCACGGCCAGAGUAAAGCAAUGUUCAGUAAAAGCCUGGAUAUCGCUGAAGCCCACCCCCAAUUCAGCAAAGAAGACAGGAUGGCAGGUGCCGGCGCCCAGGGGUCUAGGUCCAUCAGCGGCGCUUCCUCAGGCCUCUCCACCAGCCCACUCAGCAGCCCCCGGGUGACCCCUCACCCCUCUCCGAGGGGCAGUCCCCUCCCUACCCCCAAGGGGACGCCUGUGCACACGCCCAAGGAGAGCCCGGCCGGCACGCCCAACCCCACGCCACCGUCCAGCCCCAGCGUGGGAGGGGUGCCCUGGAGGACACGGCUCAACUCCAUCAAGAACAGCUUCCUGGGGUCACCCCGCUUCCACCGCCGGAAACUGCAAGUUCCGACGCCCGAGGAGAUGUCCAACCUGACCCCGGAGUCGUCCCCAGAGCUCGCCAAAAAGUCCUGGUUUGGGAACUUCAUCAACCUGGAGAAGGAGGAGCAGAUCUUCCUGGUCAUCAAGGACAAGCCGCUGAGUUCCAUCAAAGCCGACAUCGUCCACGCCUUCCUGUCGAUCCCCAGCCUCAGCCACAGCGUCAUCUCCCAGACGAGCUUCCGGGCCGAGUACAAGGCGACGGGGGGCCCGGCCGUGUUCCAGAAGCCGGUCAAGUUCCAGGUGGACAUCACCUACACCGAGGGCGGGGCGGCGCAGAAGGAGAACGGCGUCUACUCCGUCACGUUCACGCUCCUGUCGGGCCCGAGCCGCCGCUUCAAGAGGGUCGUGGAGACCAUUCAGACCCAGCUGCUGAGCACACACGACCAGCCUUCUGCCCAGCACUUGUCAGACACCACUAACUGUAUGGAAAUGAUGACGGGGAGGCUUUCCAAAUGUGGCAGCCCAUUGAGUAACUUCUUUGACGUAAUUAAACAACUUUUUUCAGACGAGAAGAACGGGCAGGCGGCCCAGGCCCCCAGCACGCCCGCCAAGCGGAGUGCCCAUGGCCCACUCGGGGACUCCGCGGCCGCUGGCCCCGGCCCUGGAGGGGACGCCGAGUACCCAGCGGGCAAGGACACGGCCAGGACGGGGCCGCCCGCCGCCCGCCGAGAGCAGCCUUAGACACAUAGCCCCCUCCCCCUGCACGGCCCCGAC